GAAUAAUUGAUAAAUCCUAAUUUUUGAGCAUUUAAUUAUCGAAUCCUAAGGAGCGAUGAUUUGAUUAUUUAAUAACCCAUGCAUUCUAAUUUCUGAUUAUUCAAUAAUCAACCCGAAUGAGGGGCGAUUUGCUACUAUUUAAUAAUUGACGACUGAUUGAAGAUUCACGAUCGGGACGGGCGAGCGGCGACGUCAUCGCUAUUCAAGUUAGUGAGACUAAUGAAUACACUAAGAUUGAUUAAAUUGAUUAAAAUGGAAUGCAAAUAAUCCACGUUCUCGAUCGGAUGUAAGGAAAAAUUGCAGAAAUAUCAAGAAAGAAGAUGUAUUAAUCCCAUGAAAACAUGAAUAUUAGCGAGGAAAAAAUUAAUCGUCUUGAGUCCUGAUGUUCGACUAAUAAUCAAUGUUCGCAACCAAAUAUGUUAUGAAGUGUUACUUGAUCAUGUGGAACACAAGACGAGAUAAUCCUGUUCGCGAUCAGUUAUUAAAGAAGAAAGUGAUUAAUCGCACGAGUCACGGAAUAUUGAGGAGAAUAUACUAAAUAGAUAUUAAGGAAAACUCCGGGAAUAAGAGGAAGAAUAAGUCUUAAUCUCCCACGACUCUGAAUAUCAAUGAGGAGGAAAUAUUGAUCGUAUAUUAAUCGUAUUGAGCUUAAUCGUAUUCAUCGCUGAUGAUUGGCUUCGAGUCUUGAGAAAGAAUGUUAAUUGUUGUUAAUAUUAAAGAAAUACAAAUUAUUUCUUCUGUGAUAGAUUCGCCCGGUGACCUCAUCAGGGUGUGGCAUCACCGCGCAGUGACGUCAUCGCUCUGUGACUUCACAACCCAGUGACGUCCUCCAUGGCGACAUCAUGCCCCGGUGACCUCAUCGCUGGUGAUGUCUUCGCCCAGUGACAUCAUCGCUGGUGACGUCACCGCCCAGUGACCUCAUCUGUGGGAUCCUGCGACCCCGUGACCCUGUCGGUGUGACCCUGCGACCCCGUGACGUCAUGGACGAGCGCCCCGUGAGCCUCGACAUCCCCGAGUCGCUCAAGAAGCAGCUAGAGGACGACUGCUUCCUGGUCAACCGGCGCAAGCGGCUCGUGCGCCUGCCGCGCGCGCCGUCGGUGGUGGCGAUCCUCGAGUCGUACGUGAAGCACUUCGCGCUGAACGCGGCCUUCGCAGCCCACGAGCGCGUGCGCCCGCCGCACCACGGGGUCGGCCCGGCCCAGGCGCAGGGACCCGGCGGGGCCGUCGCCGUUGCCAUGGCGGGCGGGGCCUCGGUGGGUGGGGGCGGAGCCUCGGGGGGCGGGGCCUGCGUCGGGGGCGGGGCCGGAGGAGCUGGCGGAGCCGGAGGAGUGGGCGGAGCUGGAGGAGGAGCCGGAGGCGGCGGCGUCCCUGCUGAGAGGAAUGUGGAUCUCUGCAAGGAGAUGGCGGACGGGCUCCGUGUCGCCUUCGACCACGCGCUCCCGCUGCUGCUGCUCUACCCGGCGGAGCAGGCGCAGUUCAGGAGGGCCACGUCGGCCCGGCCCGAGGCACCGUCCCCGCCCCCCCCUCCGCCGCCGCGCCGGCGGGUGGAGGCGGAGCCACCAGGAGGGGCGGGGCUCCCGGCGUGCGCGCUGCGACGCUCGGCCCGGCACGGAGAGCGACGGCGGUCGGCAAAGCCGCCCCAGGCCCCUCCCAGCCGGUCGUCGUCGCCCGUCCUGCUGCCGCCCGCGCCCGGGCUCGAGGGGCGGCGCACCAACGAGAUCAACGAGGUCCUCUCCUGGAAGCUGGUCCCUGACCACUACCCACCGCCCGACCGGCCGCCCCCGCCGUCCUCGCUCUACGGCGCCCAGCACCUCCUGCGGCUCUUCGUGAAGCUGCCCGAGCUCCUGGGUCGGAUGUCGUUCCCGGAGAAGAACCUGAAGGCGCUGCAGCGACACCUGGAGCUCUUCCUGAGGUUUCUCGCCGAAUUCCGCGACGACUUCUUCCCUGAGUCAGCCUACGUCGCCGCCGGAGACGCGUACGGCUUUGCCAGGGCCGCGCGGGCCGCCCCCUGAUGACAUCACCGUGACCCCAUGAGGCCACAACCAUGUGCCUCCCCGAUGACGUCACCCUCGCCUCCCUGACGUCAUCCCCGAGCCUGUGACUUCGUCUCCGUGAACCAGAAAGUGAUGACAUCAUCACCGUCAACAUGUGACGCCAUCCCUGGGAGCAGCCUCCUGGUGGCGUCAUUCCCAGGCCUGCGACGUCAUCACCAACGUGUGACAUCAUCACUGCGGGUCUUACCCUGGUGAUGUCAUCAAUGGCCUAUUACACCAUCCCCACAGGCCGGCCCUGAUGACGUCAUCCCCAGCCUGUACGUCACCGUGAGCCACAAAGUGAUGACAUCAUCACCCUCGACAUGGAACAUCGUCCCCAGACGUAACAUUAUCCCCGGUAUCCCGUGAUGUCAUCCUGAUGUGAUUACAUCAUCACCGUCAGCACCUGACGUCGUCCCUUUGGUCAUGUGACCUCACCGCAGCAACCCACCAUGUGAUGACGUCAUUGUAGACCUGUGACGUCACCCCCGUGUGACAUUACCACCCUCCCCCGCACCGCGUGUCCCUUUUUUUCAUCAAAAUAGUAAAAUCAAUAAAACGUUUCCUUGAAUCCG